UGCAUUCGAGUGGUACGCUCAGAUAUUGACAUUGAGUGUAUGGAAUAACAAGGAAGGCGACGGAUUGCUCUAUAGAGACUGUAUAUACUAACCGGAUGUGGCACAAAGCUGACACAAUAUAUUUUAUAGCCUCACAGAGAGACACCACAAGCACACAUGAAUGCGUGUCAGCAAUCGGGGACCUCACCAGUAUUGACACAUGCACUUGUAGCCAAUUCGAGUGAUAUUGAAGCACAAAAUACAGUCAGAUUGUCUGUAGCACGCGCAGAUUCAGAACAAAUCACGCACACGAAGGGCUCCAAUAUUCAUAAUAGUAGCAAUACGAAAGAGGUCAAGGUUCCACCAGUUGUGGGGAAUAAGCGACUACAUAGUGUAUCUAGUAAUACAAUCACACUGCUAGGCAGACAAGUCAGCUUACCUGAGUAUAGUUAUAAUUACACACGUCGUGUAUAUAUUAGCUCCCCAUCGCUGCACACAUCCCCACAUUUGACUCGAUUGGAAGCAUUCAAUACACCUGUGGAUGACGAUAUAGUUGUAGGGACAAUAGAUAUAAAUAGUGGCAAUACAAGUUCGAAGAUUGCUGCACCGCGGAUAAUUCGUGAGCACACACCCAUACUAAGAUAUAGACAGUCUGUAGCAUCCAUAUCAACACCGGAAGCUGUAUCAAGGUUCGAUCAGCAUAUUAAGGAGAAUUUGCCUCUGCAUAUGCACAAUAUACCACUACCUACCAAACCCAAAUACGCACUAGAGAGUGUGAGUAGGGCUGUUGAAUUGGGGCAAAAGAGUGAGGAAACAAGAAAUACGCGAUGAUUUCCGUUACAGAUACACAAA